AAAAUUUUUAUUUUCAUUUUUUACUACUCGGUAGAAUUGUCACAUAUUUUUCACUUUUUAGGUCAGAAAAUGCUUAUUGACGAAGUCCUCGGUCCUGCGGAAUCUGGAAAAUUCAUCGUCGAGCAUGGAAAUCUCGUCAAAAUCAACCAGGCAGGCGUUCGAAAAGUAGCAGAACAUAUUCUCGGAGCUGCAAAAGAUGGAUCUCUGAAAGAAGCUCUUUUCUUAUCGCCGGAAUUACACCCGAAAAGUGGAGAUAAAGAUGCCGUCCAGUGGGUAUUAUUGGUGGAUACAAUCAAUUUCUCAUUCUGGCCGGAUGAGGGAGAUCACUAUGAUGUUAGCUGGGGUGGAAAAGCUUACACUGGUUACUUCGCAGCAUGUGCCGCUGUCAACAAGGCUAUAGCCGCCGGAAUUCCAGUACUUUCUGCUGAAUGGAUGAAAAAUGUUGGCAGAGAAGAAAUCGACAGGAUUUUCAAAUCCGAUUCAGGACACUCAAUUCCACUACUUGACGAUCGAGUGAAGGCUAUCAAUGAUUCAGGAAAAGUUCUUCUCGAGAAAUUCGAUGGACAAUUUUAUAAUUGUGUUAUAAAAUCAGAGAAAUCCGCUCAAACUUUGCUGAAAUUAAUCGUCGAAAACUUUGUCUCUUUCCGCGAUUUUGCCGAAUUCAACGGACAAAAAGUUUCGCUUCUGAAGAGAGCACAGAUUCUCGUUGCGGAUGUCUAUGGAUCCCUUCAAGGUCACGAUGAUGCGGGAAAUUUCAAGGAUAUUACCACGAUCACAAUGUUUGCUGACUAUCGUGUUCCGCAAGCUCUCGCUUAUCUUGGUGCUCUGGAUUAUUCAGAAGAACUUUUGAGCCAAUUGGGUGAAGGAAAACGAUUGGAGAAUGGAUCAAAAGCGGAAGUUGAACUCAGAGGAGCAUCUAUUGCAGUUUGCGAUGAAAUUGUCGCCAAGAUGAACGAACUUCGUGAAACCGAUCCAAGAUUCUCUGAUGUUUGUGAAGUUAACGCCAUGGAAGUUGAUGUCUAUGUCUGGGGAUAUCGUCGACUUUAUGCUGCGGAUGUUGAAAAGAAAGUCCCGUUCCACAGGACUCGCUGUAUUUAUUAUUAAAUCUGUAUAUGUAAAUAUUAGUAUUUAAUUUUUAGUGUGAAUUCUAGUGAUUUUAGCUUUUCGUAUCAUCUUCUGUUUUCAUUCCGUGUUUUUUUUCUUUCACAGGUUUUAAAUACUUUAUUUAACACAUUCCAUUGACACUUCACUUUGAGCCUUAAUUUGUUAUAUGAAUUUUAACAUUGUU